AUGCACUUAAGAAACAAAGAUAAUGAUAACAAAAAGACAUCAAAAUUGAACUCUUCAGAGGCCUCAAAUUCAACUAAUUCGCCAGAUUUAGCUGAUUCAUCUAGUUCUUCAGAAGACAUAAAAUCAGAAGCUGAUGAUAAACCUUAUUUAGAUUUUAUAUUAUCUGACGAAGAAUCUGUAUUAAAUAAUGAAAGUGAAGAUUCUGAAAAUUCUGACGAUAAUGAAGAAGAUAAUUCCUAG